AUGUCAGGACUAAGAAAGGAAUCUAUUAUGGAGAAAAGAACUCAGAUGGAAAAUAUAUUAGAGGAGAGGAAUAAUAAGCUGGCACAACUUUUUUGGCUUUCAAGGCUCAAUGAGCUCAAAUCUGGGUACAGUGUGGAAAGUUUAAGAGAAGAAUUGAAUGAAUUUCUGCAAAAAAACGAUUUGGCCAAGAGGCCGCCGUUUGAUGCUUCAAGUUUACCAGCCUACAAGCCGCAGGAGCCGCCUGUGGAUAAGAGAUUGCUGAGAAGUAAAAGUAAUACACCAUUAGAGAAUGGUACGAUGCAUAGAAAAAAGGAUGACCUGCCGUUUGACGAAUCUAGGAAAAGAUUGAGAGAACAUAAGAUUCCGGAAGAGAACCUUAAGCCUAGUCAAUCUCAUGAACCAAUACGAAAACAACAGAAGCAAGCAAAUGGAAGCGAUGAACAAUUAAUGCAGACAGAUAAUAACACUGUGUCAGAUCAAUUAGCAGAUGGAAAUAUGGAAUCAACUAAGAAGGAACCAUGUUCUGUCUCAAGUGAAAAAGAGGCAUCGCUGACCACUGCUAAGUCACAGGACAAUCCAAAAGUACCGAAUCCGAUGAUUCAAUCCUCGUAUUAUCAGCAUAUUGGCAUAACUAAUUUACAUGUUGAGCCUACUGAGGUUGAGAUGAAACGAAAACAAAAUUUUAUAAUAGAGAGCAUUACAAGGCAGCAGACUCAGCCGACGGAGAAUUUAUUUGAAUCAAUCAACAUUAAUAGUAAGGAUUCGGCGUUCUUAGUUAUGAAGGAAACUAUUCCUGCAAAGAUUCCACAGGCAGUGCCACUGGCUGAAUUAAAAUAUGUAUCCCAGACAUUGCCGCUGAUAAGAUUAAUUCCUUCCACGCAUAAAGUGUUGACAACAGACCUCUAUAAUACAGCUCUAAAUGAGGGCCGUGUCACGGUGGUCUCUUCGCGUAUUGAAGAAUUGCGGAGAUUGAAUCUAUGGUCAUUGAGGCAGCCCAAGAAGUUUGUUGACUCAUGGAACAAGUUGCAGGCUUCGACCCAUCAUAGUAUUAUGCUAGAGGAAGCAAAGUGGAUGAGGGAGGAUUUUCAUGAGUCCAAAAAAUUUAAAAUAGCCAUAUGUAUCACCCUCAGUCAAGCAAUUAUGGAUUAUUGGACCUAUGGCAAGGUCUGUUGUGUUAAAACGAAGGAAGUUAAAUAUUUACCAGCAGCUCAAAAAGAUGAAAAUGGCAAACAGCUAUAUCUCAAUGAUAAUAAUGCGAAAGAAAACUCUACAAAUGAUGUAGAAAGUGUGGUUGCUAAGGAAGAUCAACAAUUCAUGGAUGGGCUGCCGUCAAUAGAUGUUCAUUUGUUGCUGGAAAAGGCAGACCCAACAGCGGAAAUCAAACUCCCAGUGCUGCCUGAGGUUCCAGUAGAGGAGUAUAAGACGAAAGCAAGUAAUCCAUUUUUUAAAAUAUAUGUCUCAACCUCCGAUAUGUCUUCACUGGAAAAGGCAAUCAUGCAAGAUUGUCCGCUCUAUUCUGGUCUAGACGAUGAAAAGAUUCUUAAGGAAAACGAACAGGUUCCAUUUGUUCCCGUUUCAAAAUCAACUGUUUUGCUGGAUGAUGAUAAGUUUUUGAAACUCGUGGAAAAACAGCUGAUCGAUGAUGAACCAUCACUAGUCGCAUUAUCUAAGAGAAGAGGAAUGUUUUAUGGAAAUAGAAGAAGUCAUUAUCUGAAACCUCCUGCAGCUCCAGCUUUAAGGUAUCUAAAGUUUCGUACGCCCACUAUUUGGUCACCAGACGACGACCAGGAACUUGUAAAGAACAUCAACCAGUAUGCUUAUAACUGGGAUUUAAUUGGGGCUCAAAUGUUAUCCCAGAAUACCAGAUCCUACAUUUCUAACAUCGAACGAAGGACCCCAUGGCAGUGCUUUGAGAGAUUUGUUCAACUGAAUGAGAAAUUUUCUGUUCAUGAUAUGAAAGGUCCCCGUGCUCAUGCUGCUCAAAUAUGGCUUUAUGAGGCCCAUAAAUUACAGCAGCAGCAGAAGCGACGUAUAUCCCCUUUAGGUGUUGGUUCGGAAUCUAUCCAAAGAGGCCAUCGCAGAUUACGUUGGGCUAGUAUGUUUGAAGCUAUGAGGAAAACAAUUAAGAAAAGAGAAAACGCUCCUCGACCCAAUCCAUCACAGCCAAGGAAGCCAUUAGAUGUCAAAAGUAUGAUUGUACCAACUCCUGCUGAAAUGUCCGAGUUAAAAGCUCAAAGAGAUGAAACGUUACGCCGUGAAGGGCAAAUGAGGCGUGCAGCUAAACAGAGAAUCCAACUGGCACAACUGCAGCAGCAACAGCAGCAACAACAAAGCCAACAAAAGUCACCGCCGCCGUCUUUGCAGCCACAGCAAACACCUCAACCUUCACAGCAGCAAAAUCAACUCCUCCACGGAAAAUUAAAGGCUCGCUCUAGAUUAUCGUCAAGCGCACCAAGUACAAAAGAAGCCAGCAACAAGUUAUUAAUAGCUUCUAGACAAACUCAAAGUUCACCUGUAAAUGGCGAAUCCCCACAUAUUACAACUCAGACUCCGCAGCAGAGACAAACUAAACCACCUUCAGAGAAGGAUAUUAUCGAAAGUUAUGCACGUAAGAUAAUAGCACAGAAACCGGAGUUCACUCCAGAAUUGGCUUUGAAAGCUGCAGAAAGCUAUUUCCGGAAUGUGACUCUCAAACAGCAGCAGCAGCAACAACAAGCUUUCACGAAACAAAUUGUUUCACAAUCUUCAUCUGUGGCGGCUACGGCAACAUCAUCUUCUAAUGGUGCAAUAAACAAAUUUAGAUCACCAACUCCCCAAGAAAUACUUCAAAGAAUACAACAGAAGAAGAACGAUUCAUAA